ACUGAGAGCGCAUAACAGUGGAGUGGAGCGGGAUCCAAACAGCACAUCUCCACACCGCCGUGCCUGCUCAGCUCAGCCUCCUCCCCCGGCUGACAUCGCAGAAAAGCCGCAGCAGCGGAGGAGCAUGCUGUCGCUCCAGCUGUGUCGUUAACAACUCAUACACACCUUGAACCUCCGGCUGGAACCUCAAGCUGUAGAAGGAGAAUUUUAAAAACAUUUUUAUCGGCCUGCUGGAGUUUAUGUAUCAGUCAUGGGCAGCAAGACUCUGCCAGUUCCUGUUCCCUUUCAACCAUCCAACCAGUUGGCCAACUACUCCCUCCUCCAGAGCUCCACUGGCCUCCAGCUGCCAACGGAUAAUUUACAGAACAUCUACAGCUUCAGUGCUCUACAUGCCAUCCACCUCCACCAGUGGACCCUUGGCUACCCGACUUUGGCUGUGCCCCGUUGCCCCGUCGUCUCCAAGCUGCCCAUACAUUUCUCCUCCAUGGCCUCCAUCCCCAUAUUGCCUCACCUCCUGCAGCCCAAGCAGGCCUCAGCGGGGCUGCUGCAGAGCUCCAAGAUCAAGCCCCGCUUUGACUUUGCCAAUCUGGCAGCAGCAGCCACCCAGGACAGUCAUCUGAAGGCAGAGGACCUGAGCAUAACGGGUGUUGCUGCAGCAGCACAGGCUUCAUCUCCCCACCUGGUGUCAGCUGGCCUGGGAUGCCUCCUGGAUGUGCCCAAAGUCCCCUUACCCGAGCGCAAGCCCAGCCGUGGCCGAGUGCCCUCCAAGACCAAGAAAGAAUUCAUCUGCAAAUUCUGUGGCCGCCAUUUUACCAAAUCCUACAACCUUUUAAUCCAUGAGAGGACACACACAGAUGAGAGGCCAUAUACCUGUGAUAUCUGCCACAAGGCCUUCAGAAGACAGGACCACCUCAGAGACCACAGCACUUGCUGGAUUGUGUUUAAAGUGGCCCACAACCUUUCUGCAUUUGGCCAGGCCAUUGUCAAAUGCACGGUUCUGCAGAGAAGCUGUGAAAGAACAAUGGAGACUGUGCGCGACACAGAGGACAUGUUCAAAAGGCAGAUGUCUCGCAGCAAUGAUCAUGUUUCUUGCACUAUUUGUGCUAAGUGUGCUGACUUUAUUUGAAACUUCCACUGCUGUGCAACAUGAAUGAAAUGCUCUGUGCAUGUUUUUGCAGCAAAAUGUCUCUUUUCUGUUUUCAUUACAUUUAGAGCAUGUGAAUGCAGCUCCCACUGUUCUUCAAUAUAAUGCACUGUAACUCUAAGGUAAUUACUGGACAUUGCUGGGUAACCAUAGUCUACAGUGAGAGCAACAGUUGGUGCAUGUUGGUGCAGUACUGAUCAACAUCCCACCCCUCCUGUGACCCAUGGUUUGUCUGUAUGUGUAUUCAGAGUCAGUGAGCAACGGACUUUCAAAAUAAUAAUAAUAGUAAUAAACUGCGUUAAUGCGUGAUAAAAUAAUUGUUGGUGUUAAGUAAUGCGUUAAUGUGAAAUAAUGCAUUAUCUUGCCCAGCCCUCAUGUAUUUGUAUAGCACCAAUUCACAACAACAAUGUUCUCAGGACACUUUACAUAAUCACACCUAGACCUUACACCAUUAUAAGGAAAACCCAACAAAUCCCCCUUGAGCAGCACUUGGCAAUAGAGGGAAGAAAAAAACUCCCUUUAAUGGAAGAAACCCCUGACAGACCCCGGGUCUUGUUGGGCGGCCUUCUGCCUCGACCGGUUGGGGUGAGUAGAUAGAGGAGAGAGAAAAGAAGAAAAGCAACAAGACACAACAGGUUGUUAUGGUGCCAUGCAAUAUCAGAAAUCAUAACAUAACAUGCUAAUUACCCUCAUACAGUAUCCGCAAAAUACACAGUUUCACAGUAUAGUCAAAGUCAGUGUUUAUUUGUCAUAUGCACAGUUAGGAAACAUGUUUCC